AUGAAGACCGGUCAAACUCCUAGCGACGGCGGUGGACUCAGAUACUCCUCCCUUUUCCACUCUCCGUGAGAUAACCAAAAGAAAAUCUUACUGCGUAGACCACAGGCUAUGACUAUAACAGAGAGUUGCCGAGCAGCAGAGACGUGGGAGAGAGCACAAGAAGAGAGAGAGAGAGAGAGAGAGUCCAUCAUCAACCAGCGGGCUCUCCGUUCUUGCACUCGUUCAAGAUCACCAGGCCUCGAUCUCCCGCGAGGACGCCGGCGGACUCGGAGGUCUCCGCCCGGUACUCGUAGAACUUGCAGACGAUGAGGAAGAAGAUGAAGUUAACGCCGUUGAGGACGGCGAAGAAGGCGUAGUAGUAGUCCAGGCGGGAGGCGUUGAGGUUGUUGAGGAUCCACCCCCGGUGGCCGUUCCGCCGGGUGAGGCUCGCCAUGCUGGAGAGGAGGAUACUACUGAGGAAGUUCCCCACGCCGAGCGUGGUCAUCGCGUAGGAGGUCCCCAGGCUCUUCAUGCUCUCUGGGGCCUGGUCGUAGAAGAACUCUAUCUUCGCCACCUCCAGGAAGGCGUCGGCAACCCCCAUGAGGAUGAACUGAGGCAGGAGGACGAAGAUGGUGAGGGGAACCUGGCCGCCGGUCUCCACCACGCCGCUGGCCCUCGCGACCGCCAGCCUCCUGCGCUCUGUCAGUGAGGCCACGGCCAUGAUGAUGAUGUGCAGGACGAAGCCGACGCCGAUUCUCUGCAGGAGGGAGAUCCCCCUAGGGUUCCCGGUCCACCGCCGCAUGAUCGCGACGAAGUAGCGGUCGUAGAGGACGACGGAGACGAGCAUGGACAGGGUCACGAAGGCCGUCAGGCUGGCGGCGGGGAUCUUGAAGUGCGGCCCCAUUCUCCUGUCAAGCGUCACGCCCUGCUUGAUGAAGAGGGUGUUUAUCUGCGCUAGCAUGGCGCUGGGUAUGAACGUCGCGAACAGAAUUGGGAUCAUCCGGAGGAUCUGCUUCGUCUCCUCCACCUGCGUCACUGUGGACAGAGACCACACCGACGUAGACCCCGUCCUCACCGCGGCUUUGUUCAACAGCCUAACCAAUAACCAGCAACCAGGAGAUGGUUCUUUUAAACGGUGGAUCAGAUUUCGCAGAGAUGGGAACACUGAGAUGAUGCUACCGACCUGAGUGAAGGGGUAGAGUCGAUUCGGAACCUGGCCUUCUUGGCGUACGUCUCCCCGUCGAGCUCGUGGAGUUCCUUUGGGUCGUCGGGGAGGCGCACUCUGGACUUCCUCACGGCGGCCACGAUGACCCUUGUCAUCCUCGUGAACGGGCUCCCCGCAGGGAUCUUGUGCCUGUAGAACGGGGUGCCGGCGAGGAAGAUGACGAUGGAGAUGGCGAGGCCCACCGUGGGAAGGGUGUAGCCCACGGUCCAGCCGACAUUGUCCUGAAUGUAGACGAGGACGGAGUUGGCGAAGAGGGUGCCGAGGAAGAUGCUGAACAUCCACCAGUUGAAGAAGGAGAGCUUAUGGGACUUCUCCUUGGGGUCGAAUUCGUCGAACUGGUCUGCACCGAUGGUCGAGAUAUUCGGCUUCGUGCCGCCGGUGCCCACCGCCAGCAAAUAGAGCGCGAAGAAGAAGAUCCCUAGCUGUAACCGGGAGGCCUUCUCGCAGCCGCUGGGAUCUGCGAUGUUGCUGCAGGCCGGCGGCUUCAGCGCGGGGAGGGACACAGCCAGGACCAGCAAGCACAUUCCCUGUAGUCGUCAACGUCAAAGUGGGAAGCCUCGUCAACCACCACCAAACUUUGACCAUAUUAGGAGGGAGAAACAUUGACCAUGAACCCGUCUCUCUCUCUCUGUAUCUAUUUCUGUGUGUGCAGACAUAGAUGUGUUUCUACGUCUACGCCAGCCUGUUGGACUUGGGGACAGUCAGUCCGUCAGUGGAAGUGGGAUGGGUGGAGGCUGAUAAGGGUGGACUGGGUCAAGGCUUCUUAUCGCGAGACGAAAUUGUGGCCCGUACCUUCGAGGGCUUCAGCGGUAGCUGGAUUAGCUAAUUUGUCGUCAUGUAUUGUUUGAGUGAUUGACCAGGGCCACCUUCGGGGGCUGGGCCGAAAGCUCUCUCACUCUCCCUCUCUCCCUCUCUCUCCCCCUCUACACGGUGGCUCGAUUCUUCUACAGUCUCCUUUCACCCGAGGACCUGUGCGGUGAUUCCAUUCUCUUUUCCGCGCGAAUCAUCGGUGAAUGGUCCCCUUACUGUAAAUAACCUCACAGUCUCUCCAUUAAGUAGACCAGACGAGAGAGAGAGAGAGAGAGGAGCGAAUUAUCGGGGAAGGAAGGAAAUUUACCGAGAGGUAGAUGACGGAGGAGAAGACGAAGGUCCAGUAGCGGCCGAGGUGGGCGUCUGCAACGUAAGCGCCAAGGAUGGGAGUCAUCCAGACGGUGCCGACCCAGUUGGUGACGUUGUUGGAGGAGGAGACGGUGCCCAUGUGGAGCUUCGUGCUGAGGUAGAUGACGAGGUUGGUCGAGACCCCGUAGUAGGCCAUUCUCUCGAACACCUCAUACACUGCACCAGAAGGACGUCACGAGUUAUAAAUGCUGUUCUUCGUCAGGCGGUGGGCUUCUCCGUAAGUGCGAGCUACGCGGUCUCUGCGUAGCUUCCGGGCGCGACAUCAAUGCUUUGCAGAAACACGGCAGAGGGAGGGUGGAAGUAAUUUCCAUGAGAGUUUGCUCUGGAAAAUGAACGAUCCGAGAGAGGCCGGUCCUCGGGGUUCCUGGCCUCCCCAGGAAGACGAUGCUUCUCAGUGAGACCUGCUCACGACGAGUCUCUCCUGAGAGAGAGAGAGAAAGAGAGAGAGAGAGAGAGAGAGAUGCCUCCCCCGAUAACAUAUCCGUCACAUGGAGACUAGAAUAGUCGAGGAAGACGACAAAAAAAUGUCUUUACUGUCGGAGAUGGAAACCGGAAAAGAUUCGGCCAAACGAUGAAGUGAGAUGGAAGAGUCGGGGGAGACUGUGAAGGUAAGAACUUCGUACAGUCCGUGAGACAGAUUGAGGGUGGAGAAUGAAGGAGAUUCCAGCGGCCGAGCCCUCGUUUCUGUAGGACGCUGGUAUGAAGACAAGAGGCAACUCUGUUUGAGCAUGGAUCAGAUCCUUUCUCUGUUUGAAUUGCGAUAACAAGGAAGAGAAGAAGCCACGGCAGAACCACACCGGCAGAUCCCAACAUACAGAGAGACACACAGAGAGCGACAGAGAGAGAGAGAGAGAGAGAGAGAGAGAGAGAGAGAGAGAGGUUUCCUCUCCCGAACAAGACCUGAUGGGAAUCAAAUCCCAGUUAAGAUUUUGGGUCAGGGGGGGAGGAGGGAGAAGUCGGCCGAUUCAGUGAGUCACCUACCUACGACGAAAGAACAGGCAGUCCAUCCCCCGCUCUUGGAUCUGCGAGCUGGAUUUCCGCGCAGAUCCACUGAGCCGUCCUUGGUGUACUCCUCCCUCCCCGUCUCCAAGCUCUCCGCCAUGGUUUCUCCUCGGCGGCGAAGCACCUCUGGUCAUGAGUGCCCGCUCAGCUUCCUCCGUCGGCUCUUAUAGAACCGUAACCCCCGGGGUCCUCCCUCGUCAUACUAACGCAAGAUACUUUGAUCAUUUUCUCCCCUAGCCAAGUAUGCCCGAUUUACACCACCAGCGUCCUUUACGGCGUACACAACGGUCAAUGAUCAACUAGUCGUCGAGUCAACGCAUGUACCGUGGAAAAUGGGUACAUGGGCAACGGUCGACGCACCGCCGAAAGAGAGAGAGAGAGAGAGAGAGUGACUGGGUUGAGCCCAUUUUUCAUCUUGGACAUGAGCUCGAUAACCGGAUUUGAAAGAACCGGGCCUUGCUGGAUUGGGCCCGGGGAACUGUUGACAAUUAGACGUCUCGUGAACGAUGGUUAGCAGAGUGACGGAGUAGUUGACUGUGACGGGGUGUGCUGACAAGUCAUUGGUGGGUUUGCGAAGACUAACGUGGCCAAGAAAAGUGGGAUGUCAUGAAAAUACAACGAACUGGUGGGGAAGGAAGCGGUGGGGGCCUGGAUAGCCCGAACCCGGCCCAAGCUUCGGGCAUUAUUAUCUCCCCGGUAUUAGUCGUCAAAAACGAGUGGAGAGAGAGAGAGAGAUAUAAAAAAAUCUCUCCCGCCACGUGGAUUAACCUCAAGGGCACGUGGUUGACGAUGUGGCCGAUCUCUCGGCCAACUGUGCCCCGCUUAUCUAGUGUUCCGACGUUUCCGUUGUCCCCGUUCCUUUCUUUGACUAAUUGCGACUCUUUUGUCAGCGUCUGCGUCUCAUCAGGUAAUCGUCAUUGAGCACCGCAUGAGCUAAGGGCCCCACCCUUGACCGACGAGAUCCAAAGGGCUUCCAGAGGAAGGGGAGAGCCGCUGGGAUAGAUUGGCCGGGUGGGACAUCUCGAGGUUGUUCCGUGGAGACAGCAUCUCGCAGUGAUCAGGUCUCCAGCGACCCGACGAAAAUAUCAUCCAUUCUGACAACGUCGGCAACGAGGCCAGUAGUUAGGCAGUCCAUGCUGGGAGAAGUCACGUCAAAGAAUUGAAGAGUUUGAUUCGGUAAUCUAUUUCAGACUUGCACCCUGUUGGAAUGGGGAAUCGAGACUUUGGGCAAUACCAACACAACUUAGGCGGUGAUUUGCCACCGGCGAUCCCACUCCUUUGCGCUGCGCCUGUGGCAAGGUCGAUGGGCCGGCCAACCACGGAAGAAGACGACCGCGGCCUAGAGGACGAGAAGCCUUUCGACCGAUUCAGGACGGCGUUUCUGGGUUUGGUGAGGAAGAUUCCGAUUCGCAAAUCUCACCGUCCGAAAAAGAGGCUUUGAGAGAUGCCCAGAUCGUCAUCUUCUUCGCACAAGCAUCAAAGCUCGAGCUUUCAGUCAUCCAAGAGUGUCUGCUUUCUCCUGUCUUGGAAUCCGCCUGCCGGGGAUGCUCUCUCUCUCUCUCUCUCUCUAUCUAUCUCUAGAGCGCUCUACCUUUCACGGCCGGCCAUUGUCAACCCUAAGUCUCCCUCUACGAAAGAAAACGCCGUCUUGCGGCGGCGGCGGUUGCCGGGCCGCCUAAUCAACGUCAUCCCCCACGAGGAGAUAGACGGCUUCCUCUGCCAGUGGGGAUGGAAAAGGGGCAUUUUUAUUUAUUUGGGUCUGGUCAGCACUCGACUCCGCAUUGCUUGAGAAUUGUGCCCUGCUGCUUGGGGAGGAAGGGGUCGAUCCGGACCCACACCAGAGAGAGGACGGAGGCGAGGAGGAUGGACCAGAGCAUCACCACCGUCGGUGUUCGGUUCUGCCUUCCGAGGAGGCCCUUGAGGAAGGGGUAGAGGUGGACGAUGACCCAGGAGGCAAAGAAGAGCUUCCCGAAGAGCGGCCCCCAGGAGGAGUAGCCGUUAUUGACGGCCUCCGACAGGCCGGCGGCGAGGCCGAUGAUGUUGAGGAUGAAUAGAGUGCUCGGAACAAAGAACCAUUCAGGAAAUAAAGAUAAUGAGACGAAGAAAUUUUAGCAGCAAGACUCCCUGUUCCAGAGAGUGGAACCAGAACGAUAACUCAUAAAGCCUCAAACCUCAAACCAAACACGAAGCAGAAAGCAAGAGGUAACAGAAACCGCGAGGACCAAAAAAAUGCAGCCGCUGUCGCACAACAUGUUAGCAGGACUAACCACCUGAUAGAAGUCUCCAAAUGAUCGCACCCGCCGAGGACCUUGGCAAGGGUCUGAAUAUAGCAGUCGAUCAUCUGCUGCUUGGUGGCACCCUCCCCGCCGGGCUUGUCCAUGACGAUCAGCCAGUGCUCGUAGUCACACCCGGGGGAACAGCGGUGCCGUCUCGGUGGGUGGCCGAUCGCUGUAGCCGGAGACAGAACCCGAGUUCAACGGAGAGUAAAGUGCUUGCAGGUCCGACUCACCGCCACUAGGGGUUGAGGUGGUGCUCAUCUCAGGGACAUAACCGGAAGAUAUUUGGUGAGCCGUCACUGGGCUUCCCCAAAGGCCCAUUAGAGUAAUCAAUCAACCGCGAUGGACGCUCAGAACCCGUAUUCGGCAAUCAAAGCCCAAACGUGUCGGCCCAGUAAGAGUAGCCCAGUUCGUCGCGACCAGGGCCUUGCCAAGCCUGAAUAUCCGGAUGUCGCAUGGCCAGCCACAGCCGCGAAGUACACAGAGAGAUAGAGAGAGACGUGGGGGAUCAGGAGCUGGCCACGUGUCAACGCGAGGGACUUUUGGACUGUGGGUGAACCAGUGUGGGCCCCUUUUUGCUUCACGAUGGGCCUGAUUUUAAGGCCCAAACCCACACGCACCAGGAAUUUGGGCCGGGGCUCAGGCGGCCUGUUGACAAGGACGUGGUCCUACGACUUCUACCCCCUAGGCCCAAAAAAGAUCCAACUCUCGGAGCGGCACGGCGACCAGCUCCAGAGUCAGGUUUGAGGGAAGAUACUACCAGAUGAACCAGCUGCUUGAUAAAGAUACAAGGGCAGUACAAAGUCUGGUUCCAGCCACAUUUAUUGAAGUGCUUAUGAAGUCGCCCAAAGGAGUCGGCUACUGCCUCGGCCUGGAGACCAUGUGCUCGGACAGCUGCAGGAAAAAGUCAACCCCAGUAAACCCAAGGAAAUAGUUAUUAACUAUAUAUUUUCUGCCAUCUUACGAUUAACGUUGUUAAGCUGGAGUGAUGAAAGAAAGGCCGUUGACCUGCUCGCUGUAUGGCAAGUACUUGCCAUCGAAUGUGACAACCACACGGUCUUUCCCGUCGACCCCUUUGACUUUAUCGACCGAGCAGAAGAAGUCAAUGGCCGACAUUCUGAAGGAAAAAACAAUUGCCGGUCAAACACAUAAGAAUAAAAGAAAGAGGAGAGGUAGAUCCACUGAACUCGGUAAAGUCACAUGGAGCAAUGGGUGAUUUUCUCUUAUUAAGUGUAUGCAUGUGAAUAUAUAGAUAUCCCUUGAUUCGUAGGAUUAUUGAGAGGUUCAGAUAUGAAUAGGUCAACCAGAGGGACGACACAAAGGAUCCGACCGAACUCACGGAUCUAUUGACCACACCGUGGUCAACUCAUGGCCAUGGAAUGGUCAAGAAAUCUGCAUGGGCAGUCCUCACUGCCACUGCAUGCAGGGAGAAGCACCAGCAGGGGACAGAAGCUUAUAGAUUAGAGAAUGAUAGGAGGAAGAGGAGGGCGACCAGAUAGAGAAAGAAAUUAUCCAGGGAGAGUCCCCAUGCAACCACUGCUACCGAUUUUGGAAAGAAAAACAAGAUAAAAUAUACGCGGAAUGAACACCAAAGAGGAAAUUUUGAGGUUGGCCUGAUUCCAAAAUAGGACCUAAUUAGCCCCCCAAAACCCCCAUUUGAGCCCUAAUUGAGGAUUAUGAUCGGCUUGUCUACAUGUUGAGAAAUAAGAAGUCAACCAAGCUUCCACUAGCCUGAUUCCCAUCAGAAGAAACCGUAAUCAGUGGCCUGUCAUGUAACCUCGGGCAAUAUAAAUCAGGGGAGAUUCAGGAGAAGACUCAGCCCGGGCUUUCAAUCUGUGCUAAAAAUGGGACUUGGGCAUCGCUUGGGAGAAAAUAUCUACCCACAUUUGCAUGUUCCGAAUAAAAACAUAUGGUUUCUAUAUAUAUAUAUAUAUAUAUAUAUAUAUAGAUUAUAGGGAUCAGGAGGGAAAUAAAUGGGGACUAGGGCUCUUAAAAUGAUGCAUAGGAUUCGAAUGUAAUGUUGCAUAAUCUAUUCAACAACCCGUCGUUUGACCAAAUGAAAUGAACAAACUGGAGCUGGAGGAAUUCAGAAGAGACCUCAGCCCGGGCUCUCAAUCUGAUCUAAGAAUGAAGUAUCCACUGCCUACAGUGAAUAAUACAUCAAAUAUAUAUAAUGGGCAAACUGGAAAUAAUGGGAGUAGGACUCCAAGUCAUGAAUAGGAUUUUCUAAAGUAAUGUUAGUACGAAUUAUUUUGACCAAAUAGGCAAACUGGAUCAUGCGCGUCAUCAUCAUCGACUUUCAGCUGCAUUCGACAGCAGAUGCUUGACCUUAGAAUCAGCUGAAUACGUUGAUGCUCAUGCGACGAAGAAGGGGAGGGCAAAGUAGCUUACAUGCCGUCGCCAAACUCUUCGUUGAUGAUUUCCUUGAUGCUCUCCCCAAAGUGCAUCACGGCCUCGUUCAGUCUGCAAGAAAAAGGAACGUGAUUCCGUGGCGUCAAGAUAAGUCUCUCAGCAUGACGAUUGAAAAAUAUGAAUCACGCAAACGAUUUUCGUAGCAUCGAUCUGAGAAUUCGAGUUUACGGUUCGAAAUUUCCGGAGAAAACCGAGUAAAGGGUCCGGGAAGAGAUGAACAGGACGAGAAUCAGAUAAUCAACAGUAGGGAUGGAGGGGGAGAAGAAAGGGAAGAUGCUUGAGGCACAACCUGUAAACGGACGGCUCCUGGAUGAGAUUGGGGUCGUAGGAACGCAUGGGCGGUCUCAUCAUCUCCUCCAACAUCUCGUCGGUGAGCUGCGGCAGCGCCGCCUUCAGCGCAGGUGCGGACCCGGGCUUCAGCUGGGCCUGCCGCCGCAGCAGCUGGGCCGCGUACACGUUCGUGAGGCCCGUCUCCGCCGCUAUCUGCCCGUACGUCUUCCCCGACAGACGCUUCACCGCCAUGAUCGCUCCCACCAAGUUCGCCUUGGUGCGGCUCCCUUCCCCUAGCGCCUCCAUUGCGGCGGUCAACGGCGCAGGAACUGCGGAUCAAAACCGGAAGGGAUAAACCAGGCCACGGUUCAGCCCAUCGGGACAAACGUGGCAGAUUUCGUCAACGUGACGUAAUCAAUCAUCGACGAUGAAGACCGGUCAAACUCCUAGCGACGGCGGUGGACUCAGAUACUCCUCCCUUUUCCACUCUCCGUGAGAUAACCAAAAGAAAAUCUUACUGCGUAGACCACAGGCUAUGACUAUAACAGAGAGUUGCCGAGCAGCAGAGACGUGGGAGAGAGCACAAGAAGAGAGAGAGAGAGAGAGAGAGUCCAUCAUCAACCAGCGGGCUCUCCGUUCUUGCACUCGUUCAAGAUCACCAGGCCUCGAUCUCCCGCGAGGACGCCGGCGGACUCGGAGGUCUCCGCCCGGUACUCGUAGAACUUGCAGACGAUGAGGAAGAAGAUGAAGUUAACGCCGUUGAGGACGGCGAAGAAGGCGUAGUAGUAGUCCAGGCGGGAGGCGUUGAGGUUGUUGAGGAUCCACCCCCGGUGGCCGUUCCGCCGGGUGAGGCUCGCCAUGCUGGAGAGGAGGAUGCUGCUGAGGAAGCUCCCUACGCCGAUAGUGGUCAAGGCGUAGGAGGUCCCCAGGCUCUUCAUGCUCUCUGGGGCCUGGUCGUAGAAGAACUCUAUCUUCGCCACCUCCAGGAUGGCGUCGGCGACCCCCAUGAGGACGAACUGAGGCAGGAGGACGAAGAUGGUGAGGGGAACCUGGCCGCCGGUCUCCACCACGCCGCUGGCCCUCGCGACCGCCAGCCUCCUGCGCUCUGUCAGUGAGGCCACGGCCAUGAUGAUGAUGUGCAGGACGAAGCCGACGCCGAUUCUCUGCAGGAGGGAGAUCCCCCUAGGGUUCCCGGUCCACCGCCGCAUGAUCGCGACGAAGUAGCGGUCGUAGAGGGCGACAGAGACGAGCAUGGACAGGGUAACAAAGACCGUCAGGCUGGCGGCGGGGAUCUUGAAGUGCGGCCCCAUUCUCCUGUCAAGCGUCACGCCCUGCUUGAUGAAGAGGGUGUUUACCUGCGCCAGCAUGAUGCUGGGUAUGAACGUCGCGAACAGAAUUGGGAUCAUCCGGAGGAUCUGCUUCGUCUCCUCCACCUGCGUCACUGUGGACAGAGACCACACCGACGUAGACCCCGUCCUCACCGCGGCUUUGUUCAACAGCCUAACCAAUAA